AUGCCACCUUCCCCGUCUCUAUCCUCAUCAUCGACACGGCCGAAUUUUACCUUUCCGACACUUGAAAGCAUUUCCAACACGGAGUUCACUUUCAGAUCAUUGCCUCGACCCGAGGCGCCUCUUUCAUUUUUGCCAGGAUCGUCACCAUCGCCGUUAUGGAAGCGCCGUCGAGCCAUUGCCGAUGUCGACGGCGAACAUUCGUGUUUGCACAAGAAGAAGAGAAGACUGCGCCUCUUCUUGAUUACAUCACGACUAUCCCCGCAGUACUCCUAUCCCGCCACCAACAUCGUAGACCGGGGGAGCUCCAAGAUUGCCGUAUGGGCCAAGCAGAGGGCUUUGGGUCGCAAUAUACUGCGUAAGGCCGCGAUACUGAACCGCAUCCGGCGGCAAAGCAUUUCUGCGUUAGAGACGGCCGGGGGCAUGGGUCGGGUUCUUGUUGAGCAAGAAAAGGAGCAGGAACAGCUGCAUUUAGCGAAGCUGACGUUGAUGUACGGUAGCCACGAUUCUGCAACGCAGCCCAUCGGGAAAGACAGCAUUGGCUUGCCAGAAGUGGUAGAGACAAGAAACGGUGAGCAGAUCCGGUCGGCGGAAUCUUCGCCAGCAAAUUCCACGGGGUCGCCAUCUCCACCACUGAGGGCUUGCGAUGAAGAUGGUGCGAGGGAAUACCGGUCGCCUAACGAUGCAUAUGCCGACUACAAUGCUCUUUCGAAAUUGCCACGGCCGGUACAUUUGCCUUUGCCGCCUUCGCCGCUCGGGCUGUCAAACUAUGAUGCUCUCGAUCUUGAAGACGAGAUCCCCGAUCCGUAUUCUCAUCUCGAUGAGGAGUACGAGGCGGAAGAACAAGAAGAGGCUGGGCUCGAAAACCCAUUCGCCCCUUGUUUUCCCUUCCCAUGUGAUGACGUUGAUACAAGGAGAGCAAGCCAACAAAGCCAUGGCAAUGCCAGCAUCCUAGAACCGGAGGAGCCAGCCGUGGCCGGUUACGACCAGGUCGAGGAGGGUUCCGAUGUUCUCUGGCCUACCAGCCGGCAGAACCAUGACCGAAGCGCAGACACGGAACCACCCUCAUCGUCUUCGCCCGACUUCCAGGCGCCAUCGGCAAAUGCAUUCUCGGAUGCUAUUCCGCAGUCGCCAAACACCAGCUCUUUGCUCGGUCCUACUUCCUCUUCCCCAAACUUCGCUGGCUUGUAUGUGACAAGCGAUGUAGAAGAGCGCAAAGUGAAUGCGAAUCAUGCGAUCGAGAUGGAAAAGGAAAAAGAGAGGCAAAGACGCCUCAUGUUCAUGAGCUUUGGGUCGUAA